AAUCAUUUUCGUCUUUUAUGUUCGAAUUUAUUUUCCGCCCCUGACCCAAUCCCAAUUAAGCCCCUCUCAUCUCUAUUAUUCAACUUGUCUUCCAUGGCUUCUGAUUGAACCUUACCUUCCUUCUUCAAUCUGCUUGAAAAUUCAUUUCAUUCCGAAGACCAGAAGAAGAAGUUAAGCAUGAAUCACUGCGUUCCUGAGUUUGAAAUCGACGAGGACUACCCCUCUCCUCCUCCUCCUCUUCCAAAUGCUUCUUCUGCAAAUGCGAAGAAGUCUGCAGUGGCGGAAGAGGAAAUCAUGGAGUUACUGUGGCAGAACGGCCAGGUGGUGGUGGUCCACGCCCAAAACCAGAGAUCUGUUAAGAAACCUACGCAGUACGGCGGCAGCGACGCCGCGAUUCCCCUCCCUGCCGCCGGUGAUGUCAGAUCGGCGGUGGAGGAAAUCCCUGCGCCGCCUCACCAACUGUUCAUGCAGGAGGACGAGAUGGCCGCUUGGCUUCAGUGCCCUCUCGUCGAGUACCCCAUCGACCGUUAUCUCGGCGCGGAUCUCCUGUAUUCUACUUCCGCACCGCCGCCGCCCCCGCCGCAGCAGGACAUCCGCCCGUCCGCGUCUCAUCAGAUCCGCCACCCGCUCGUUCCUCAGUCCUCGUCCGCCGCUCCUCGUCCGCCUAUUCCUCCCGGGAGGCGCGCGGACGCGGAGAGCGCGUCGCGCUUCCAGAACUUCGGAAAUCCGCAUCGGCCGGCGAUUAGACCUGGACGGUCGGGAGAUUCGACGGUGGUGGAGUCUAAUGAGACUCCGAUGGUGGGGCGAGAAUACAGGGUCUCGCGGGUAGCAGAUCGAGCGGCGCAGGUUCCCGGCGGAAAUGUAGGAUGCGGAAUGGAAGCUGCUAGAAUGUCCGCCGCCGGAGGAAAGAGAACGGCGUCGUGUGAGUUAACGUUGACUACAUCUCCGUGCAACUCAGGGGCCAGCGUCAGCGAGGAGAAGUCCAUAGCGCCGGCGGCGGAGGACCGGAAGCGCAAAGGAAGAGAUAUGGAGGAGGACGGCCAUAACGCGGAGGCAGAUUCUGCUUCUGCUGAUGGAAAGAAGCAAUCCCGUGCUUCCGGAUCCACCAAGCGCUCCCGUGCUGCAGAGGUUCAUAAUCUCUCAGAAAGGAGACGGCGAGAUCGGAUUAAUGAGAAAAUGAAAGCUCUCCAGGAACUCAUUCCCCGUUGUAACAAGUCGGACAAAGCAUCAAUGUUGGAUGAAGCCAUUGAGUAUUUGAAAUCACUGCAGUUGCAAGUCCAGAUGAUGUCGAUGAGCCAUGGAUGUGGAAUGAUGCCAAUGAUGUACCCUGGGUUCCAGCAGUACAUGCCAGCUGCUGCAAUGAGUCUUGGGAUGGGAAUGGGGAUGAACCCUCCGGUCUCCCCAUUCCCAACCGUUCUCCCAACCCCACCCAUCCCCAACGCUUCCCCUGCAACCCCUUUGGGUCCGAGGUUCCCCAUCCCACCAUACACUAUGCCUCCACACCCCUUCCCCAUGCCGGACCCCUCAAGAAUGCAGGCCUCCAACCAAACGCCCGAUCCCAUGCUAAACCCCCUCGUCCCUCAGAACAACUCUUCCUCUAACCAAACGCCGUUCCCAAUCCCCUCUGCAGAGGCUUUCCAGCAUUUUCUUGGUCUUCACCACGCCCAGAUCGCAUCUCAAACCAUGGUGGAACCGCUCGCUAUUAACAAGCCUGCAGGAAGCAACAAAGACGUUGAUAACCCAACGACCCAUCAAUAUGGAUGAUUUUUUCCCGAAGAUCGCAAAGGCGUUUUCCCCAUACUAAAUUUUUGUAGUGUAAGCAGAAGAGGAACACAAUUGAGACUCAUCUGUCAUAUUUUACACAGAUGUAAUGUAACACAACUAACGUGUAAUUAGUAAACAGAUGUUGAUUAUGGUUAUGAUUAUUAUUGUUAUAAGUAUUGAUCCCAGUUUAAGAAUUAUCCUGGGGCACUCAUUUGAAAACAACUGCUUAUGGAAUGGAAUAGAUAAUGCAGAUCCAAACAGAUCUCGAUGUACAGAUCGGCAAAUUUUAAUGCUGAAAUCAGAAAAUAUUCUGUUUUACAUGUUUGUGUUGCAUCAAUAACUGUAGAUAAGAGGCCUCAUAGAAAAGAAAUACGUAGUAACAAU